AAUAGAGAGAAACGAAGCCUGCCCUGAAACACCAAACAAACCGAGAGGGCGACAGAAAGAAAGAAACCCACAGUGGGUGAUGGAGGGAGAGGAAGCUAAGCGAAGGGCAUGUGAGGAAUAAAGACGCGAGGAUUUUUCCCGAGCGGUGGGCUUUUCUGUCUUUCUUUGUCACUGGAUAGUAUUGAAACGGAUUCCGGUAUGAACCCAGGAGAAGCGGCCGAGGAGGCGCCCAGCGACCCCGACACUGAUGCCUUCUACAAAACAGGGCCCUUCAGGACUGAAGGCAUCAAGGCAUCUGAUGUUCUUCCUAUUUUAAAGGAAAAAGUUGCCUUUGUGUCAGGUGGGCGAGAUAAAAGAGGAGGACCAAUCUUGACAUUUCCUGCCAGGAGCAACCAUGACCGAAUAAAACCUGAGGACCUGAGAAGGCUGGUAACCUACCUGUCUACUGUUCCCAGCGAGGAUGUGUGCAAGCGUGGUUUUACUGUCAUCAUCGACAUGCGUGGUUCUAAGUGGGAGCUGAUCAAGCCUCUGCUGAAGACACUGCAGGAGUUUUUCCCAGUAGAGAUCUGUGUGGCGCUCAUCAUCAAACCGGACAACUUUUGGCAGAAACAGAAGACGAACUUUGGUAGUGCAAAGUUCUCCUUUGAGACCAACAUGGUGUCAGUUGAAGGUCUUGCCAAGCUAGUGGAUCCCUCCCAGCUCACAGAUGACUUUGAAGGCUCACUGGACUACAACCACGAGGAGUGGAUGGAGCUCAGGGUGUCACUGGAGGAGUUCAUGUCUAAUGCUGUUCACCUGCUGUCCAAACUGGAAGAUCUACAGGAGCUCCUGUCUAAGAAGGAGUUUCCUGCAGAUGUGGAGGGGUCUCGGCGAUUGAUAGAGGAGCACACACAGCUUAAGAAAAAGGUGCUAAAGGCUCCAGUGGAGGAAUUAGACCAGGAAGGCCAGAGGUUGCUUCAGUGUAUCCGAUCUAGUGACGGCUUUUCAGGGAGGAACUGCAUCUCAGGCUCAGCUGAUUUUCAGAGCCUUGUGCCCAAGGUGGCUAGUCUGCUGGAUAAGCUUCACUCCACCAGACAACAUCUCCAUCAAAUGUGGCAUGUCAGGAAGCUGAAGCUGGACCAGUGCUUCCAGCUCCGCCUCUUUGAACAGGACGCAGAGAAGAUGUUUGACUGGAUCAGCCACAAUAAGGAAGUGUUCCUGCAGAGCCACACAGAGAUUGGCCGAGGUUACCAACAUGCUGUGGAGCUACAGACUCAACACAAUCAUUUUGCCAUGAACUCCAUGAAUGCCUAUGUAAACAUUAACAGAAUCAUGUCAGUGGCGAGCCGUCUGGCGGAGGCUGGACACUACGCCUCCACUCAGAUAAAACAGAUCUCAGGUCAGCUGGAUCAGGACUGGAAAAGUUUUGCUGCCGCACUUGACGAACGUUCUACCAUCCUCGCCAUGUCAUCUGUCUUUCACCAGAAGGCUGAGCAGUUUCUGUCUGAAGUGGAAACUUGGUGUAAAGUCUGCAAUGAAGGUGGGUUACCAUCUGAGAUGCAGGAGUUGGAGAUUGCCAUCCACCGUCACCAGAGCCUUUAUGAGCAGGUUACCCAGGCAUACACCGAGGUGAGUCAGGAUGGUAAAGCGCUGCUGGAUGUCCUCCAGAGGCCUCUCAGUCCAGGCAACUCUGAAUCUCUGACAGCCACUGCAAAUUACUCCAAAGCAGUUCACUGUAUCCUGGAUGUAGUUCAUGAGGUUCUCCACCAUCAGCGGCGUCUAGAGAAUAUUUGGCAGCAUCGAAAGGUCCGGCUGCACCAGAGGCUACAACUGUGUGUGUUCCAGCAAGAUGUUCAGCAGGUGAUGGACUGGAUAGAAAACCAUGGCGAGGCUUUUCUCAGCAAACACACAGGUGUGGGGAAAUCCCUUCACAGAGCCCGAGCCCUGCAGAAAAGACAUGACGACUUUGAAGAUGUAGCUCAGAACACAUACACUAACGCAGACAAGCUGCUGGAGGCAGCUGAGCAGCUGGCACAAACAGGAGAGUGCGACCCUGAGGAAAUCUACAAGGCAGCCAGACACCUGGAAGUGCGAAUCCAAGACUUUGUUCGCCGGGUGGAACACAGGAAGCUGCUGCUUGACAUGUCUGUCUCCUUCCACACACACACUAAGGAGCUGUGGUCGUGGAUGGAGGAGCUGCAGAAGCAGCUGCUGGACGAUGUGUGCUGCGAUUCUGUGGAUUCAGUUCAGACUCUGAUCCAGCAGUUCCAGCAGCAGCAGACAGCCACACUGGAGGCAACACUUAAUGUGAUUAAAGAGGGAGAGGAAUUAAUACAACAGCUCAGAGAUGCAGCCAUGGCAACCAAUAAGACGCCACACUGCAGUUCCAUCGCACACAUACAAGGGGUGCUCCAGCAACUGGAUGAAGCCCAGGGCCAGAUGGAGGAGCUGUUCCACGAACGCAAAAUCAAGCUGGACAUCUUUCUGCAGCUCCGCAUCUUCGAGCAGUACACUAUAGAGGUCACGGCAGAAUUAGAUGCUUGGAAUGAGGAUCUGUCUCGUCAGCUGAAUGACACCAGCCGCUCGGGCGCCAGCAGUAGCAGCAGCAGCGGGGGAGGUGGAGCCUCCUCUGGCGGCUCAGAGGACAUUGGUCUUGCAGAGCAGCGGCUGAAGCGGCAUGCGGAGAGAAAAGCAGCCAUGAACAACAUGACCUAUGAAGUGAUGCAGCAGGGUCAAGAUCUGCACCAGUACAUCAUGGAGGUCCAGGCUUCAGGAAUUGAGCUGACAGGAGAGAAGGACUUGGACUUGGCUUCUCAGGUUCAGGAGCUGCUGGAGUUCCUACAUGAGAAGCAACAGGAGGUGGAGGUCAACGUGCAACACACGCACACACGGUUGGAGCAGACUCUGCAGCUACGCCACCUCCAAGCCGAGGUUAAACAGGUGUUGGGUUGGAUACGUAAUGGAGAGUCCAUGCUGAAUGCCAGCAUGGUCAACGCUAGCUCUCUGUCUGAGGCCGAGCAGCUGCAGAGGGAGCAUGAACAGUUCCAGAUGGCUAUAGAGUCCCUCUUCCAUGCUAACUCUCUCCAGAAGACGCAUCAGAGUGCUCUGCAGGUCCAACAAAAAGCUGAGAUGAUGCUACAGGCGGGUCAUUACGAUCCAGAUGCAAUUCGAAGCUGUGCUGAGAAAGUUGCUGUUCAUUGGCAACAGCUGAUGCUGAAGAUGGAGGACCGCCUGAAGCUGGUCAAUGCGUCAGUGGCCUUCUACAAGACAUCUGAACAGGUGUGCAGUGUGUUGGAGAGCCUGGAGCAGGAGUAUCGUCGGGAGGAAGACUGGUGUGGCACACAUGAUAAACUGGGAAGUUCAUCCGACAGCGACCACCUCCUACCUCUGAUCAGUAAACACCUGGAACAGAAAGAAGCCUUCCUCAAGGCGUGCACUCUGGCCCGCAGGAACGCAGAGGUAUUUCUGAAGUACAUUCACAGAAACAAUGUGAGCAUGCCUGGAGCUGCCAGUCACACCAGGGGACCUGAGCAACAGGUCAAAGCCAUUCUGAACGAGCUGCUGCAGAGAGAGAACAGAGUCCUUCAUUUCUGGACAUUAAAGAAACGACGGCUGGACCAGUGUCAGCAGUACCUGGUGUUUGAACGCAGUGCCAAACAGGCAUUGGACUGGAUCCAAGAGACAGGUGAAGUUUACCUGGCCACACACACCUCACCUGGUGACAGCAGUGAGGAAACACAGCAGCUCCUCAAUGACUACCAUCAUUUCAGAAUUACUGCCAAACAAACCAAGGAGAAGGUGAAGCUGUUGAUUCAGCUGGCAGACAACCUGGUGGAGAAGGGGCACGCCCAUGUGUCGGAGCUGAAGCGCUGGGUUAGCACGGUAGACCGCAGGUACCGGGACUUUUCCAUACGAAUGUCCAAAUACCAGGAGAGCCUGGAGAGGAGCCUGGGGGUCAGCUCUGAGGAUAACAAAGACCUGGAGUUGGACACUAUCCCAGCCAGCCUAACAGAUGACCCAGAGGUCAAACUGCGUGACCCCAACCACGAGAUCAAUGAGGAGAAGAGGAAGUCUGCUAGGAAAAAAGAGUUCAUCAUGGCAGAGCUCCUACAGACAGAGAAGACGUAUGUCAGAGACCUUCAGGAGUGUCUGGAGACGUACCUGUGGGAGAUGACCAACGGUGUGGAGGAGGUUCCACCAGGCAUCGCCAACAAAGAGCACAUCAUUUUUGGCAACAUGCAGGAGAUCUAUGAUUUCCACAGCAACAUUUUCCUGAAGGAGCUGGUAAACUAUGAGCAGCUUCCAGAAGAUGUGGGUCACUGCUUUGUCACCUGGGCCGAUAAGUUCCACAUAUAUGUGGAUUACUGCAAGAACAAACCAGACUCCAGCCAGCUCAUACUGGAGCAUGCAGGCACCUUCUUUGAUGAAAUUCAACAAAAACAAGGACUGGUUAACUCCAUCUCCUCCUACCUCAUCAAGCCAGUCCAGCGGAUCACCAAAUACCAACUACUGCUUAAGGAGUUAUUAUCUUGCUGUGAGGAGGGUAAGGGGGAGAUCAAAGAUGGUUUGGAGGUGAUGCUCAGUGUUCCUAAGAGAGCAAAUGAUGCCAUGCAUCUUGCCAUGUUAGAGGGCUUUGAGGAGAACCUGGAGGUGCAGGGUGAGCUGAUCCUGCAGGACAGUUUUCAGGUUUGGGAUCCACGCUCACUGAUCAGGAAGGGCCGGGACCGGCACCUCUUCCUGUUUGAGUUCUCUUUGGUCUUCAGCAAGGAGAUCAAAGACUCAGCUGGCAGAACCAAGUAUCAGUUCAAGAACAGACUACUAACAUCAGAGUUGGGGGUGACUGAGCACAUUGAGGGUGACCCAUGUAAAUUUGCUCUGUGGUCAGGAAGAACACCUUCCUCUGAUAAUAAAACUUUGCUCAAAGCAUCCAGUAUGGAAGCUAAACAGGAAUGGAUUAAGAACAUCAGGGAGGUGAUCCAGGAGAGAAUGACUCACCUGAAGGGGGCGCUCAAGGAGCCACUUCACCUUCCCAAAACACCAGCACUGAUCAAACCCAGGAAUAAUGCUAAGAGGGAGGGAGGUGAAGAUGGAGACAGCCAGGGAGAUGGCAGUAGCCAACCAGACACCAUUUCCAUUGCAUCCAGGACAUCCCAGAACACGGUGGACAGCGACAAGCUCUCUGGUGGAUGUGAGCUGACUGUUGUCCUCCAGGACUUCACAGCAGGAUGCAGUACAGAGAUGUCUGUCAGCACAGGUCAGACGGUGGAGCUGUUGGAGCGGCCCAGUGAGCGGCCUGGAUGGUGUCUUGUCCGAAGCACCGACCGCAGCCCACCACAGGAGGGACUGGUUCCUAGCUCUGUGCUCUGUGUGUCUCACUCACGCUCCAGUGUGGAGAUGGACUGUUUCUUCAGCUCGGGGAAAGAAAACUAUAAUGUUGGCAGCUCUGAUGGGAAGACAGAGUCAGUGGUUAACCUUCAGCCGCAGCCAUCCCUCAGCUCCCUGCAGUCCAGCUCUCCUGGUCCCAAACGCUCUGGAAACACGCUGAGAAAGUGGCUGACCAGUCCAGUCCGCCGCCUCAGUGGCAGCUCUGUCAAGAAACUCCCCAAUAACAAACAGAAGAAGCCAGGGCCGGGAACAGGAAGAGAGGACAGCAGGAAGAGUAUUGACCUCGGUCAGCCUGACUUCACCUUGCAGGAUGAUGUCAUUGAUGAGGGAGCCAUCAGUAGAGAUGUCAACUUCCCAUCUAAGACAUCUGGGAUGCAGAGCGGUGGGGAGGAGGAGCAGGAUGAAGAUGCCCAAACUCCUUUGCCCCCCCCUAUGGAUAUCAUCAAGAACCCCUCAGAUCCUGAUGACAAGUCUUCAUCCUUGCUAACAUCUCUGCAGUCAUCCUCUGAGGUACCCAGCGCUGCAGAGCUAGUUAGCGCCAUAGAAAAACUGGUUAAAACAAAGAUGACCCUUGAACCAGGAGCAUACCCAGGCUUUACCCCUCCACCAGAAGAAACCCCUCCUGUUCAGCCACGGAACCCUGAACAGGAGCAGAGAGAAAAGGCUAUGAGAGGACGGAUGUUUGUUCUGAAAGAGCUGAUUCAGACAGAGAAGGACUAUGUCAAAGACCUGGGCAUCGUGGUGGAGGGGUUUAUGAAGAGCAUUGAAGAGAAGGGUGUUCCAGAUGACAUGAAAGGAAAAGACAAAAUCGUGUUUGGGAACAUCCACCAGAUUUAUGACUGGCACAGAGAUUUCUUUGUAGGAGAACUAGAGAAAUGCCUGGAUAACCAUGAAUACCUUCCUGAGCUUUUUAUCAAACAUGAGAGAAGACUCCACAUGUAUGUGGUUUAUUGUCAGAAUAAACCUAAGUCAGAGUUCAUUGUGGCGGAAUAUGACACGUAUUUUGAUGGAAUCCAGCAGGAAAUCCAAUCUAGGCUGUCUAUCAGUGACUUCCUCAUCAAACCAAUUCAGAGAAUCACCAAAUACCAGCUUCUACUGAAGGAUUUCCUGAAGUACAGCUCAAAGGCGGGAAUGGACUGUGAACAAAUCGAGAAAGCAGUAGAUUUGAUGUCUCAGGUCCCUAAACUGUGCAAUGACAUGAUGAAUUUGGGCCGGCUGCAGGGAUUCGAGGGGAAACUGACCAGUCAGGGCAAACUGCUGCAGCAAGAAACUUUUUUUGUAACAGUGCAGGAUGCCGGCGUCCUGUCACGCUCCAAAGAACGGCGAGUCUUCUUGUUUGAGCAGAUCGUGAUCUUCAGUGAGCUGCUGAGAAAAGGCUCGUCCACACCUGGGUACCAGUUCAAGAAGAGCAUCAAGGUGUCCUACUUGGGCCUGGAGGACAUUGUGGAUAAUGAUCCCUGUAAGUUUGUUUUGUUGAGUCGAGGCUCAUCGGAGCGUUUCACCCUGCAGGCAGCCAAUGUUGAUAUCAAGCAGGUCUGGGUCCGACACAUUCAGGAACUCCUGGACGCUCAGAGCAACUUCCUGUCUGCUCUGCAGUCACCCAUUGUGUACCACAAUCAGCAGAGUGGAGGAGGCAGCAGCUCAUCGCUGACCAGAAACCGCUCGUCCUCAGGGAACCAGAAUACCACAUCUUCUCACAGCCGACCAUCCUCAGUGGUUGGGCUCUGUAGUACUGAGAAGGGGAAGAGCCAGCUCAAAGUCUCUACCUCCAACGGAGGUUCAUCGUGUUUCGACUCCAUGGACAAUAACGGCAUUACUUCCACCAUGCUGAUCACUCAGGACUACUCAGCGCUCAAAGAGAAUGAGAUCUGUGUCAGUCAGGGAGAGACUGUCCAAAUCAUGGCCACCAAUCAGCAGAACAUGUACCUUGUUUACCGGCCAGCCAACAGCCAGUCGCCUGCCGCAGAGGGCUGGGUGCCAGGACAUGUCUUAGGCCCACUCACAAAGCCCAUUAAAGACUCCUCUUCUACUUGCUCCUUCUCAGCGGCAGUAGCAGAUGCCAACAACAUCAAGAAGUCUCUGUCGUGGAACACACUGCGUGCCAGGAAGCGCGCUGAAGACAAGGAUGCCUCCUCAAUAGGGGUGAGAGGUCAGGAGAAUGGCCUCCUCCGUAAGCCUAAAGAAAUCACUCCUAUCCCAUUCGCCUCGCCCGCCCCUACGGUGAAAGGCAAAGAGGUCCACACUUCAGAUGAUUCUGACUGUGGUGAUGAUGUUGACCCAAAGACCGGCAUGGAGCUUCUGAACCCAAACUUCAUCCAGGAAGUGGCUCCAGAGUUCCUGGUCCCUCUGUCAGACGUGGUGUGUGCAUUUGGAGAGACCGUAGUCCUCUGCUGUAAAGUGUGUGGACGGCCUAAACCCUCAGUUACCCUGAAGGGCCCUGACCAGAACCCAGUGACCAACAACAGCCGCUUCACAUUAGACAUUAGGGAUACAGGUGACAUCUUGCUGAAAAUCUGUAAUCUGAUGCCUCAGGAUACAGGGAUCUACACCUGUGUUGCCAUUAACAGCCAUGGUACUUCAUCGUCCUCUGCCUCCAUCAAAGUUCAAGGUAUCCCAGCAGCCCCAGGGAGACCUGUGGCUCAGGAGGCCAGCAGCACAGCAGUGAUGAUCCACUGGCUGCCACCAGCUUCAUCUAUUCACUGUGCUGUCAGCAGCUAUACGGUGGAGUACAGACAGGAAGAUUCGCUCCUGUGGCAGCAGGUGGCUAGCAGCAGGGAAGAAUGUGUUCAGAUUGACACUCUGAUCCCUGGGGGUCACUAUCAGUUCAGAGUCCGAGCCUCCAACCGCUGGGGGGUCAGCCCACCAUCUGAGCCCUCAAAUAUGGUCACACUGGCCACCAGCAACUCUGGGUGUGAUGGAACAGGCAUCCAUUGGAAAGAAAACUUUGACUCAACCUUUACUAAGCUCUGUGAGAUUGGAAGGGGACGGUUCUCAGUGGUGAGAAAAUGUGUCAACAGGUCCACUAAGAAGGAGGUGGCAGUGAAGUUCGUGAGUAAGAAGAUGCAGAAGAAGGAGCAGGUGGCUCAUGAAGCUGACAUUCUCCAACAUGUACAGAAUCACCAGCUGGUGGCGCUGUUGGACACAUACGAGUCUCCCACGUCUCUGAUGCUCAUCCUGGAGCUACUGGAGGAUGGUCGUUUGUUUGAUUACCUGGCUGCCCAUGAUGAACUGAUGGAAGAGAAGGUGGCAUUCUUCAUCAGAGAAACACUGGAGGCUCUGCAGCACCUUCAUACCUGCAGAGUGGCACACCUGGAUCUCAAGCCGGAGAACAUAAUGGUCAACCUCCAUUCUCCCACGCCCAGUAUUAAGCUUAUCGAUCUUGGCGAUGCUGUCCAGUUGUCUGCCAACCGGCGAUAUGUCCAUCUCUUGCUUGGAAAUCCAGAGUUUGCUGCACCUGAGCUCAUCCGUGGCACACCAGUCUCUGUUGCCACAGACAUGUGGAGCUUGGGUGUUUUGGCUUAUGUGAUGCUCAGCGGCGUUUCUCCGUUUCUGGAUGAGUCACCAGAGGAAACCUGCGUCAACAUCUGCCGCCUGGACUUCUGCUUCCCAGAUGAAUACUUCUGCAAUGUGAGCCAGACAGCGAGGGAUUUUGUGUCAUCAGUUCUGCAGCAGGAUCCUAGGAAGAGGCCAAGUGCUACUGCUUGUCUUCAGCACCCAUGGAUGGGUCGCAGGGGUGCACAUGGUGGAGAUUACUCCAAGACACCACUGGACACAGCACGGUUGGCCACAUUUAUUGACCGAAGGAGACAGCUGCAUGAUGUUCGGCCCAUUACAAAUAUCAAAGGGCUGGUCAGCAGCAGUAUGGGCAACACACUGUGAUGGAAAAUAUAAAUGACUGUUUGAACACUCAGCAACUACCAGGGCACCCACAACAACAUUUGAUUAUCUUUACUAUUUGUUAGUGUGUGUGGGAAAGAUGCAUGGUGCUUGAAUCCUGUGGUGCAAAAUGUAAUCUUGCUACUGUAGGAACAUGAUUAGUCCCCUCUAGACCAAAACCUUUACCCUAACCAGAAAAAAAUCUCAAUAGUUAUUUAUUCUAACAAUAUUUUAUUUGUUCUUCAUUCACCUAAUUUCAACCACUACACAUGCAGCUGGCCCCAUAAAUGCCAAAACACCAUAAUAACCAGGUGGAACAAUUGCACUGGUUAUAUUUACUCACUGUCAUGUUCAGGAAAUCUGUGUCUUUCACUUGGCUUUGCAGAGGUUUCUUGCUGAACUGAGGAUAUGUUGUGGUUGCUUGUGGGCACUUGUUGUUUUUGUUGAAGGUAGAUAUAGACAGGAAAUCGGGGGGGGCAUGCAGGCAAACUGGCAACAGGCUGGUACUCAAACCCGCCCACACCGCAACGCAGCAUGUGUAUGUGGUCGCCUGCUCAACCACUGAGCCACCCGGGCACCUAACUUAGAUUUUGAAAGUUUAGGUCUUCUGACAAACUGCACAAAAUGCUGUUUGAACUGGAGGUAGUUGCUUAGUUGCAAAAAUGGUGAUGCACUGUGAUGAGUGCGUUUAGUGUAUUGGUAAUCGUCUUGUUUCAAGGAGAGUGUCAGCCCUGUCUCCUACUGUAAAAAUUACAAUCACAUACAAAUUAACUUCAGCUACAAGGAAAACCUAUUUUUCCACAUUUCCAUCCAUUUAUCUUCAUUACUCAUCUUUCUCCUACUUCGGGCAGCCGAUUACACAUUUACAGAGGUGGGAAGUAACAAAUACUCCAUUACUGUACUUAAGUAGAAUUUCUGGUAAUUGACUUGAGUUUUUGUUUUUCUGACAUUUUAUUUUUUGACAUUUUAAACAAAUAUCUCUACUUGCUACUCCCAACAUUUUUGCAACACACUCAUUACUUCAGGUUUAAGACAAUUGAGGGGAAUUAUACUUUCAUGUCACUGUGAACCUUCUGGACAUCAAACCAAUCUGAACCUAAAUGGAGGGAACAAUAACAUAACAGACAAUCCUAUUGGUGUAGCCAUCACCAGUGCUCAUCACAAACAACAAUCUCAUAUGUAUGCAUCAUUUAUAGCUCUAUACUCAGGGGUUAAAGUGUGCUGGAUCGAUCUACAGCAGCUUGUCCAUAAGUUGUGGUCAUGAUACUUAAGCAUUUGACUAGUAUGACAGAUGAGGAGCAAUAACCAAGGGAAUAAGAGUUUUAAGUUGCAGAUAAAAAAUGAUUGAAUAAAUAAAUGCAACACACAAACUGUUUGGACCAUAAUGUGUCUGCUAGCUAAAGGUACAGCUACUUUAUUUCCUCGGGAGAGAAAUGAAUGUGAGAUUUCUUUGCUCCGAGAUGGAAAAAGAUGUAAGAAGGACAGGACAGGAAGAAAAAGAUGGGGACUGCUCAGUGAUAUUUGAUAGGCUGGAAAUUUAAAGCUUAUAUGUAAUGUGCCAAUUCAUUUGAGUUGUUGUGAAGAGAUGUUGGAUCCAAACAAGACAAUAUGUGUAUUGCUGAGGUUUGUAUGUUUUUUCAUAUUAUGAAAAGUGCUGCAAAAAAAAUCAAAAUAUAUUAACUUUGUGUUAUUUAAGGAUUGCGUGGAAAUACUAGCCAGUGCAGUGCUAAAGUGAUUGUUCUGCAGUACUGUGGUAAAGUUUACAUUAAUGUACUAUGUUUGACUGAUCCCAAGAAGCCUGUUCAUUGUCAGUGUUAGGUUACAUCAAGGGCAGCAGAGAUUAAUUUGAAUUUGAGCUGAUGCUGAUUAGAGUUAUUGAAUUCCACCUUUAUAUUAGCUUCGCACUACAAAGGUGUUGGAAAUCAGCCGUAUUAGCCCGUGUAAAAUCUGUUUAGAGCUUGUUGAAGCCAGUUGGCUAAAUCCACAAAGGACAGUGAAUGUUAGAGCAGCAGCAACACAAGUCAGUAUCACAGCCUGUACACAAAAUCUGUUUUAGCUCACAAUAGAAUAAAUGUGACUUAGUUCUAAGUGAUUCUUUUCCCCACAUUUCACCACUACACUUAUAGUUCUCAUAAUCCCACUUUAACCCCUGACUAUAAAUGGUAAGUGGACUAG